UAUACAUAUAUACAUAUAUAUAUAUAUAUAUAUAUAUAUAUGUAGAGAGAGAGAGAAUAGAAGAGCAGUUAGGUCUUUGGGAGAGAGGAAUGGGGAAGGGGCCUUUAUCGUUUCGCCGGACGAUCAUACGUCGGCGGACGAGAAAGCCGGUGGAGGCUACACCGCAGAGUCCUCUGUCACCGAAUAAUGGAGUUGCUGCGGCGAACAAUAACUCGAUCUCGGCGAUGGUGGCGGCGGGGGCGUCAAGCAAGCCGGGGAAGAAGAAGGCUGGUGGGGCGAGGCUGUGGAUGAGGUUCGACAAGUCGGGGCAGUCGGAGCUGAUCGAGUGUGAGAAGAGUACGAUCAUCAAGCGCGUGUCGGUUCCGGCUAGGGAUUUGAGGAUUCUUGGCCCUGUCUUCUCUCACUCCUCCAACAUCCUCGCCAGGGAGAAGGCCAUGGUUGUCAAUUUAGAGUUUAUAAAGGCUAUAGUUACCUCUGAAGAAGUGUUGUUGCUUGAUCCUCUACGCCAGGAAGUUCUUCCAUUUGUGGAUCAGCUUAGGCAACAACUUCUUAAUAAAAGCCCUUGUCAGAUUGAUGGAGCAGGCCAAACAGUUGUCCAAGAUAAUGAAAUGCGUUUUCCAACUGCUGGACAGAGGUUACCUGUUCGUGAAACUGUUGAAGGUUUGCAGGCCGAGCUUCCAUUUGAGUUUCAAGUUCUGGAGAUUGCGUUGGAGGUUGUUUGUACCUAUUUGGACACCAGUGUUGCAGAACUUGAGAGAGUUGCUUAUCCUGUCUUGGAUGAACUGGCUAGGAAUGUCAGCACCAAGAAUCUCGAGCGUGUGCGUAGUUUGAAAAGCAAUCUUACCCGUUUGCUUGCACGAGUGCAAAAGGUAAGGGAUGAAAUUGAACAUCUGUUAGAUGACGAUGAAGAUAUGGCACAGUUGUACCUAACACGGAAAUGGAUUCUUAGUCAGCAAUUUGAUGCCUUGUUGGGGGGUACAGCUUCAAAUAGCAUCACCACGGCUGCACCUCAUCUUCGUCGGCUCAGUUCAAAUAGGAGCGGAAGUUUGGCAACGGCCAACCAUUUGAAUGACCAGGAUGUGGAGGAUCUGGAGAUGUUACUUGAGGCUUAUUUUAUGCAGCUGGAUGGCACUCGUAACAAGAUAUUGUCUGUUCGGGAGUACAUUGAUGACACAGAAGAUUAUGUCAACAUCCAACUUGACAAUCAGCGAAACGAACUUAUUCAACUACAAUUGACAUUAACCAUUGCAUCAUUUGCAAUAGCAGUGGAGACUCUAAUAGCCGGUAUGUUUGGCAUGAAUAUCCCCUGUCCAUUGUACAGCAUUAAUGGGAUAUUUGGCAUCUUUGUGGGAGGAAUUACAGCUGCUUGUGUGUUGCUUUUUCUGCUUGUUCUAGGAUAUGCCAGAUGGAAGAAACUGCUCGGGUCUUGAACCCCCCAUACUGGCUAUACCUUUGUUCUAAAUAUUAGAGAUCUAACAUUUUUCCUUUGCAUUCUGGGAACUUUUUAACUUAAAUAACUGAGUUUCUAGGCAGUAUCUAAUUGCUUCAUGUGUGUUAUUUAAGUGCAUCAUAGUCGACGACACAAGAUAUUCCAAUGGCAA